AUGGCUCAUCCAUUCCUUCUAUUUAAAUAUAAUCAUCUUUCUUUUCUCUUUCCCUUCUCUCUCUUUUUUUUUUUUUUUCUUUUUUUCUUUUCUUUUCUUUUCCUUUUUCUAUAUAAACAUAACAAUAAUAUACAGGUUACACCUAAUAAAGGCGAAGCUAUGUCCCAAUUACUAGUCACAACACCAACAAAAAUUGAUGACAGUAACAACUCCACCCAACCAACUAUCAAACAACUUCUAGAUGAUCAGUUGCUUUUAAUAAAUAACAAAAUUCAAAGUUAUCAAGAUGGCUUUAUUCAUGAAGUACAUACUAUCUCAAAAACAUUUGAUAUAAAACACACUGAUAAACAAAUGUUAUUUUUGAGAAAAAUUAAUAAAUUAGAGCAAAGCUUAUUUGAUUAUUCUGAUGAUUUGAACGAUUUAAUAGUAAUUUUUGAAAAUCAUUAUGAGAAUCUAUUUCAUUUUUUUAAAAAUUAUUUGUUGAAUGAAAAAAGAUUUCUUUUAAAAUAUAAAAAAAGGAAAAGCACAAAAAGACAAACAAGAUCAGCAUCCAGGAAUAAAAAAGGUGGAAUUGAUAAAAUUAUAAAUUCUAGUGUUUUUGGCAGAGCCUAUAGUGUUUUUCAAAAUGAUCUUUUAUUAUUAAAAAGAAACCAAACUAUUAAAAAAUUUUUAUACAAAAGAUUAAAAAAGCACUAUGCAAAAGACGAUAUAACGUGCAAUAUUCGGUAUGCUGCUGAAUGCUUAAGGAAAGCUACAAUUUCGCCAGAGAUUGAAAAGUUUAAUUUAUUUUCUCUAAAAGUUGAUGAAUUUUGCAAAAAUAAAAUCAAUAAGGAUGGUAAUAUUAAUUCUGAUUUUGGAAAUAUCAACAAACUAAAAGAACACCCUUUUUUUAAGCGUGUAUUUGCCCUCAAUGAUGAAACUGAUCAUAUCCAAAAAAUAGAUAAAAAUAAAGAGGAAGACGAACAGGGAAAAGAAGAGGAAAAAGAGGAGGAAAAAGAGGAGGAAAAAGAGGAGGAAAAAGAGGAGGAAAAAGAGGAGGAAAAAGAGGAGGAAAAAGAGGAGGAAAAACAAGAAAAAAAGAAAGAAGAAGAAAAACAAGAAAAAAGGAAAGAAAAAGAAGAAAAAGAAGUAGAAGAAGUAGAAGAAGAAAAAGAAAAAGAAGAAGAAAAAGAAAAAGAAAAAGAAAAAGAAAAAAAAGAAGAAGGUGCUCAAUGUAAUAUAUCUCAUAUUCUGAUUGAUACCAGUAAGGGCCCAGAUUCCAAUAAUUACAUCAAAAAGAAACGCGAAAAUAGGAUAAAAAUGGUUAAACUAAGGAUUAAUAAAAAAGUAUUAUCAAAAAUUAAAGCAAAUAAUAGAUUUCAUAAUAUCAUUAAUACUGCUACUCUUGAUACUAUGCACGAAACAGCGAAGGCAAUCGCUAUCUCACAGGAAGACAAAAAUGAAAGCUUAAACAAAAAAUUAACGGAGAAAACAACUACUAUCUCAAACAUUAUACUUGAGAAAAAUUGCUUGCAUGAAAAUAGCCAAUAUGAUGAUAAGAUUAAUUAUAAACCCGAUAUACAAACAUUUACUAUUGACACAAAGGAAAUUUCAAGCCAUGCUACGAGUAAUGAGGAUGCUAUUCCACCUAUCAAUCCAACACUUUUUAAAGAAAAUCUAAGCAGUGCUCAAUGUGAUAAGUUAAAAAGCGUUUCUCCUUGUGCUUCCAUAAAAUCUACAAUUUCAGAUAAUAAAAAUAAAAAUAGAAAUAUUAUUGUGGACAUUGAUAAUGAUACUACCAGUGAUAAAAAUGGUAAUGAUACAAAUGAACCUAAGGAUAAAGAUAGUGUCAGUAUUAAUAAUGGCAAUGAUAAUAAUAAUGGUAAUGAUGAUAAUGCUAAAAGUAUGCUGAAGGAUAAAAAUAAUGAUCUCAACAACAUUACGAUUACUAAGAAUGCUGAUGAUAAGAGCGAUUCUGUGAAUAGGAAUGCUAGUAACAACAACAACAACAACAACAAUCAUAAUGAUAAUAAUAAAUUUAAGGACAAAACCAAUGAUAAUAGGAAUAUUAUUAUUAACAGUACUGCAAAUGCUAAUAAUGAUAAUAUCAACAUCACUACUAUAACUGAUUAUGAGGAUAAUGAUAAUAGCAACAUUAAUAUUACUACAGCCACCAAUCGUAAUAAUGAAUUUAAAGAUAGAUACGAUGAUAAUGAUAAUGAUAAUGAUAAUAAUAAUAAUAAUAAUAAUAAUAAUAACAAGAAGAAGAAGAGGAGGAAGAAAAACACUGAUAUUAAUACUAUUAAUAAUGAUAAAAUUAAGUCCAAGAAUAAAAUUAUCAAUGAUCAUACUAUCACUUCCAUUACUAUUAAUAAUCAUAACGCUACUACUGUUAUCACCACUACUAAUAACGAUGAGAAUAACAUUAAAUAUGGCGAAGAUAAUAGUAAUAAGAAUAAAGAUAAGGGUAAAAAUAAGAACAGGAACAAUAAGAGGAACAAGAACGAUAAGAAGAACACAAACAAUCAAGACAACAAAUAUAUAUUACAGGAACUACCAAACAACAAUAAUAAUACUAAUAAACGUUUUAUAGAUACCAAUCAGAGUAUAGGAUCGAUUACUAUUCCUGAGAAUAACGUCAAUGUAAAUAAUCUAAACUUUGAUUUCACAACUACUACUACCAAUAACAACAAUUUCAAUAUCAUCAAUAAUCAUAAUCAGAAGAGGAAUGUUAACAACAUCAAACCCAAUAAUACUGUGAAUCCUAUGAUAUCUUCUACUAUCGCUAGACCUUCAGCUUGGGAAAAUACAGUAACCCCGAAUAUUGAUAUGUCUAUUCAUAUACAGAACUAUAACCUAGGACUACUGUCGCAACAACAAAACAAUCAUAAUUUUCUACAAGCAUCAUCCCCAUCGUUGUUUAUUGCACCUACGCCUUUUGCCAAACCAUUCAUACCAUUUAAUAAUACCACUAAUAUAAACAAUAUUGGUAAUGUGGCAUCAGCUUCAUUAAGAAAUAAUUUACAACAACCACAAAAUUUUUGUGUAAACCCUUUAAACAAGAAUAUUAACAAUCCAUAUAUUGGCACAUUGUCAUCUUUACAACAAGAAAGAUAUCUGCCAACUUCUGCACCACCUUUCCCACAACCCUUUUCGAUAGCAGCCAAUGAACCACCUCAGUACACUUUACAGGCGUUUACCUCUCAUACAGGAGUGCCAAGAGAUAAUUUUAAUAAUGCGAGUAAUACUAAUACUAUUCGUAAUAUCAACCGUAUUAACGGAAGCAAUAUUUUAAAUUAUCCCAAUCCUUCCAACAACAGCAACAACAACACUAUUAUUCAUAAAAACACCCCACUUUGGAACUGUACUUAUAAAAACAAUAAUGUUGUCCCAAGUUUUAAUAUACCUGGGGCACAAACAAGUGCUCAUGAUAUAUUUGUUCCUCCGCCUCCACCAUCGAUGCAAUACAACGCCCAAUUAUACACUUACAAUGCAACUUCACCAUCAACAAAUAUGCCCACUGAUAUGCUCAAUAGUAAUGACAAUAUUCAUGCGAACAACACAACCAACAGUUCUAAUACCACUCUUAAUAACAAUAGGCGUUUAUCCAUGCGUUCACAAAUAUCGUCAAUUUCAUCUCCAUUGUCUAUAUCUGAAAUGGGCCAUGGUGAUAAUAACAUGAAUUUUAAUACUGCGGGCAAAUAUGUUGUUACUAACGGAGUCAAUAUUGUUGAUACCAGUGCUAAUACUAACAAUAAUACAAAGUCUAAUAUCACAAACAUUGCCGAAAAUAAUGUACCAUUAAAUCGACCAGUUAUUUCUCGAAUGAAUAUCAACACAGAUCAUUUGACAAAUGACAGUGUUGUAGCACCUCAGCAAUCAAUUCUUAAGCCACAAACUGAGAGAGAUAAGUUUAUAUCAUUGGAAACCAUACCUGAAUUAAAUAAACAGAUCAAAGGUGUGGCUAAACUUGAAAAGACUAUAUUUGAUAUAACUAUUAAUAAUAAAACUUUAUCCAAAGCAUUGAAAAGAUUCAAAAUAUCUUACAAUAAAUUUUUAACUAAUACACACAAUUAUUGUCAUCCAGAAUAUGAUAUUUCUUCCAUACUUGUAAAAACAAGCAAUAGUACUUCAAUAUUACAUCAACAAGAAAGAUUUAAUUUUUUAAGAAAGCUUCCUAUAUUUUGUAAUUUCCCGGCCCAAGGUUUUCCCAAGGUAUUUGAUAUUGGCGUUGAUGUUACUGCUAAAGAUAUCUAUGAAAGGUUUGGUAUUAAGCAAGCUCCUCUUUACGAAAACGUUCAAUUAUUAUGGGAAGAUUUUUUGAAAAUUCAAGACAAAGGAUAUUCUAUAUUUCAACUAGAAAUUUAUCUAGGAGUUGGUUGGAGAGGCAGUGGUGUAUAUUCUAAAGUGUGGAAUAAUAGAUUUAUUGUUAUUAAGAUUAUAUUACAUUCACUGAUUAGAGGUACGCCUGCAACGAAAACAAUUAAGGAUUUAGAUGAUUAUUUACGAUCUCGGAAACAAAAGAGCAUUAUUUAUUACUACGUUAACGAUCAUGUCCCGGAACCUUUUAAAUUAAAUUCCGACUGGUUGAACAUUUGA